AUGAUGGGUUUGGAACAUAGAGGUCUUAACACUCUUAACAAUUGCAAAAUUGAUCACAAGUUUGAUAUAAGAGAUGACAAGAAUUAUAGAGCAGAUGAAAGUCAAGAGAUUGAGAGUCACAUCAAGAAGAAGAGAGUGGUUCGCAAAUGCGGGCCCAAAGUGCCAGAAAAGCCCGAACGGGCCCUCUAUUGCCUAACACUUAAAAAUCCGAUCCGAAAAAUAUGCAUUAAUAUCAAGAAGAGAGUGGUUCGCAAAUGCGGGCCCAAAGUGCCAGAAAAGCCCGAACGGGCCCUCUAUUGCCUAACACUUAAAAAUCCGAUCCGAAAAAUAUGCAUUAAUAUUGUUGAAUGGAAACCCACUGAAUGGCUUAUAUUAGUGACCAUAUGUCUCAACUGUAUAGCACUCGGCGUUUAUACUCCUUAUCCAUAUUUAGACACAAACAACACAAACCAGAUUCUGGAAAAAGUGGAAUAUUUCUUUUUAGUGGUGUUCACAGUGGAGUGUUUUAUGAAGAUUAUAGCGUACGGCCUAUUCAUGCAUUCGGGCGCUUACUUAAGGAGCGCUUGGAAUUUGUUAGACUUCGUAAUAGUAGUGAUUGGACUCGUGAGCACUUUCUUGGCCUCUCUAUUCACCGAAGGCAUAGACGUGAAGGCGUUGCGAGCGUUCCGUGUAUUGAGGCCUUUAAGGCUAGUGUCGGGAGUGCCCAGUCUUCAAGUCGUCUUAAAUUCCAUUAUCAAAGCAAUGGUGCCUUUACUUCACAUCGCAUUACUUGUCAUAUUUGUGAUUGUCAUCUAUGCUAUCAUUGGAUUAGAGCUAUUUGUUGGCCGUAUGCAUAUGGCAUGCUUUCACAACCAUACCGGUGAAAUUACUCCGGAUCCCACUCCUUGUGGAGGUGCCUAUCCAUGUGAGCCGCCAUAUGAGUGCAAAGAAUACUGGGAGGGCCCCAACACAGGCAUAACAAACUUUGAUAAUUUUGGUUUAGCAAUGCUUACGGUUUUCCAGUGCGUGACAAACGAGGGCUGGACUAAUGUUCUGUACAAUAUCAAUGAUUCGCCUCAUUAUAUUGGGCUCAUUCUUCGUCAUGAAUCUGGUUCUCGGAUAAUUAUAUUGGUUUUUCUCAAUACUCUCACUCUGGCGUCAGAGCAUUACCAACAGAAGCAAUGGUUGGAUGAGUUUCAGGAAAUAGCAAACAUGAUAUUUGUUAUACUAUUUCUAUUAGAAAUGCUUCUCAAGAUGUAUAGCCUUGGCUUUCAGGGAUAUUUCGUGUCUCUGUUUAAUCGAUUUGAUUGUUUUGUUGUCAUCAGUUCUAUAUUGGAAGUAGUGUUGACCACAACUGAUGUUAUGCCUCCCCUCGGAGUUUCUGUGUUGAGAUGUGUUCGUCUCCUGAGAAUAUUUAAAGUAACCAAAUAUUGGACAUCAUUGAGGAAUUUGGUCGCAUCGCUCAUCAACUCCAUGCGAGCCAUCGCUUCUCUGCUUUUAUUGUUAUUUCUAUUUAUUGUCAUCUUUUCAUUGCUCGGAAUGCAAGUCUUCGGAGGCAAGUUCUCAUUCAGAGAGAAAGAGAAACCUAGAUGGAAUUUCGACACAUUCUGGCAGUCGUUACUCACUAUAUUGACGGGCGAGGACUGGAAUGAAGUCAUGUAUGACGGAAUCAAUGCUUAUGGAGAUAUUCUGUUGAAUGUAUUUUUGGCCAUCGCUGUCGACAACUUAGCCGAUGCUGAAAGUCUGACAGCCAUUGAAAAAGAAGAAGAUGAAGAAUUAGAAGAAGGGGAUGAUGACAAUGAAAGUAAUGGUGAAAAUGAUGACGAGUCGGAUGACGACAUUUAUAAAAAUGAAGACAUUGAUGAGAAGACAAGCGACUACACGGGUGCCAGACCUCGAAGAAUGUCUGAAUUAAACUUUGCCACAAAAGUGCCAUCAAUUCCGAAAUAUAGUUCAUUCUUUGUGUUCAGUCAUACAAAUAGAUUUCGAGUGCUUUGCCAUAGGAUUAUAAAUCACAGUUAUUUUGGAAAUAUAGUUCUUUGUUGUAUUCUUAUAAGCAGUGGAAUGCUUGCGGCCGAAGACCCUCUCGACUCCAACUCACCCCGAAAUAUAAUUCUCAAUUAUUUCGACUGGUUUUUCACAACAAUAUUUACAAUUGAGAUAUCAUUAAAAACAAUAACUUACGGUGUAAUUCUACACAAGGGAUCUUUUUGUCGAAGUUAUUUCAAUUUAUUGGAUAUAUUAGUUGUUUGCUGUUCUCUCAUAUCAUUUGGAUUUCAAAGCGGAACCAUUUCUGUCAUCAAAAUAUUACGUGUUUUACGGGUCUUAAGGCCUUUACGUGCCAUUAAUCGCGCCAAAGGACUCAAAAUUGUCUCUGGAAUUGUCUCUGGAAUAUUAUGGAGUAUGUAA